UGAAGUUGAGAGAAUAAGUCACAGAUGAGAGGAACUCUGAAAAACUGCAAUAACUUAUACAUGUGAUGUUGUCGUGCGUGUGCGUGUUGCUGCUGGCGGCCUCGGCUCUGAGCCACCUGGACGAAGCCUUCCUGGACGCCCAGUGGGACGAGUGGAAGAUCACACACCUGAGAGAAUACAACGGCCUGGACGAGGAGGGGAUCCGCAGGGCCGUCUGGGACAAGAACAUGCGAAUGAUCGCAGCCCACAACGAGGAGGCAGCGCUGGGAAUGCACUCGUACGAGAUGGGGAUGAACCACCUGGGAGACAUGACGUCAGAGGAAGUGGCCGAGAAGAUGACCGGCCUGGUGGUCCCUCUGGAGCGCGAGCGCAGCUUCACCAUGGCUCUGGACGACAAGGUGUCCAAACUCCCCAAAUUUGUCGACUACCGCAAGAAGGGCAUGGUGACCGCGGUGAAGAACCAGGGCUCCUGUGGCUCCUGCUGGGCCUUCAGCUCCUGUGGGGCCCUUGAGGGCCAGUUGGCCAAGCAGACGGGUCAGCUGGUGGACCUCAGUCCUCAGAACCUGGUGGACUGUGUCACAGAGAACAACGGCUGCGGAGGAGGAUACAUGACCAACGCCUUCAAGUACGUCCAGGAGAACGGAGGCAUCGACUCGGAGGAGGCGUACCCGUACGUUGGAGAGGACCAGUCGUGCAACUACAACUCCUCCGGAAUGGCGGCUCAGUGCAAAGGCUUUAAGGAAGUGCCCGUGGGCGAUGAGCACGCUCUGGCUGUGGCUCUGUUCAAAGUGGGUCCAGUGUCUGUCGGCAUCGACGCCACACAGAGGGGCUUCCAGUUCUACCAGAGAGGUGUUUACUACGACCGCAACUGCAACAAAGACGACAUCAAUCACGCCGUGCUGGCGGUCGGCUACGGCAUCAGCUCCAAGGGGAAGAAGUACUGGAUCGUCAAGAACAGCUGGAGCGACACCUGGGGCAACAAGGGCUACAUCCUGAUGGCGCGUAACCGUGACAACUUCUGCGGCAUCGCCAACCUCGCCAGCUACCCCAUCAUGUGAGGGGGCGGAGCUCAGAGGAGGACGGAGGGGGACGAAGGGGCUUUGAUUGGACCACGUGAAGACAGCUCCUCCCCAAAUCUUAGUUACUAACUAAAUUAAAUUCUAUCAACAAACGUGUUUUUCUAAAUUUGAAUUGGACUUUUCCUGAGUGAAUCUCCUCUGGAAUCAAACAGGAGUUAGAUGUUUUGGACUCUUGGAUUUCAGGCGUCUGUCGAAAUGAGGACGUUUGGUUAUCUUCAGUUAUUUGAGGCACUUUAAAGCCCUGAGGUAUUUUUCAGGUUUUAUCUCCAGAGCAGCAGGCGUCAGAAAGAAACUCGACACAAACCUCCAGGGACGCGAUGUUAGAAACUGUCCUCGGCCCCUCGUUCGAUCCACAGGGAACAAACCGGGUUCACAGUGUUUGUCUGUGACUGUUCAGAUUCUUUCAGUUUAAUCAGUUUGUGAGGAGGAGACAUUGCUGGGCGAUGGAGGCUCCUCCUCUUCUCACCUUUCAAAUCACUUUUAAUGAAGUUUUUCUGUUCAGCACUUUUUUCCGAUGAUUAAACUGGAAACUGAUGUUUUCUAUGAACUUGAAUAAAGGUUUAAUUUUGA